AUGUUCGGAGCAGCCCAAACCGCUUCCGAACCUCCCAAAUCCACCAUCAAAUUCCUCUGCAGUUACGGCGGUAGAAUCUUCCCUCGCUACCCCGAUGGCAAGCUCCGCUACCUUGGAGGCCACACCCGCGUCCUCGCCGUCGACCGCUCUAUUCCCUUCUCCGAGCUACUGCUGAAGCUGGAAGAUCUAUGCGGCGCCUCCGUGAGGCACCUCCGCUGCCAAUUACCCUCAGAAGACCUCGACGCUCUCGUCUCCAUCACAUCCGACGAAGAUCUCACCAACCUCAUCGAGGAAUACGACCGCGUUUCCUCGCUCAAGAUCAGAGCCUUCCUCUCGCCGCCCACGCCGCCGAGAUCUCCGAAAAACACUUCCAUUCCUCCAUCGAAAUCGGCCUCCUUGUCUUCCUCCUCGGCCUCAUCUUCCUCAUCGUCUUCGUCGUAUUGCAGCGGUAACGGCGGCGCUGGUCGAAGUUACAGAACUUCGGCGCCGGCGGCUGACCGCUGUGUCCAUCAGAUGUCGCCGGCGCCGUCGUAUCCGGUCGCCCUGGAGAAAUCAAAAUCCUCUGGAAGGAAUAUGCCUCUGCGGCGGUACGGCUACCACGGGAGUGGUGGCCAGGUUUACCUAAUCCACAACGGGAAUCACUGGCAAUAG